AAAAAUUUCGAUUAUAAAAUUUUUAGGAUAAAAAUAAGUUAUUUACAAUUGAAAUGAGCAAAUAAUAAAAUAGACGCCGCUCCUCAAAACUCCCCCUUCCCUCUCAAUACGCUCUGCAAUUAUUCAUCGCCGCCGUGACUGUCACUUUCUCGUUCCUUGACCUUCUCUUUCCUUCUCCUCCUCCUUCAACUUCAUUGCUUGGCACUUCGAAGACUACAGUUUACUGUUACCAUUCCGCUGUUUGGCUGCCGAGAAAAAGAUAUAAAUGGCACGCUCCAAGGCUCCGGCAAAGAAGCAGCAAAAGCGCGGCAUCGACUUCAAAAAAAUAAAGCGAAAGAUUGGCAGAAAGUUGCCGCCACCAAAGAACGCUACGAAUACUGAAAUUAAGUCCAAAGCAAUUGUUCUUCCCGAGCAGAGUGUGGCAUCGGAGAAGGCAGGAUUAGCAGUGAACAAGAAAGGUUUAACAUUAAAAGAACUUCUUCAGCAAACAUCUCAUUACAACCCGAAAGUUCGUAAAGAUGCAUUAUUGGGUAUGAAGGAUUUACUCCUUAGGUAUCCAGAAGAGUUGAGGUUGCACAAGUACGCUGUUGUUGAAAAGCUGCGUGAACGCAUUGGCGAUGACGAUAGGCUGGUUCGAGAUACGCUAUAUCAACUUUUUAAGUCAGUAAUUUUACCUGGCUGUAAGGAGGAUAAUCAAGAGCUGUUGAUUUCCUUGAUGAUGGCCUAUAUAUUUAAUGCAAUGACACAUUUAGCAAUCGAUGUUCGGUUGAUGGCUUUCAAAUUUUUGGAGCUUGCUAUCCAAUACCAUCCACCUUCCUUCUUCUUGAAUGCUGAAAAGAUUCUUCAAAGCUUUGAGGAUAUUCUGCAGAGGAACCAGUUUUUUUUAGAGGACAAGGGCAUGCUCAAGACUGCUCUUGCUGGCCUGGAACUAUGCUUGUCGCUUUUGCCAUGUAACACGAGAGAAGCUGGCUCAUGUGAAAAGGUUUUUUUAAGUUUUCUUAAAAUCCGGAGGGUUUGCAUGUUUUCUUUCAUUGUUUGUAUCGUGCAGCAUGAGCCUGCUUGUUAUCUUGUACCUUCCAGCUGUAUUCUUUCAUUGCACAUUAUUGUUGAAACUUUGCUGUUAAAUUUUGUUAUUGUUGUUAUUAUAAUCAUCAUUUUCCUAUACUUAGUUAGUUUAGACCCCUCGUGCAAAGCAUGUGUCAGUCAGAAAGCCAUGAAAAGUAGCCUCGACUACACAUGUGAAAGUUUUGAAAAUAAAUUUGUUUUUAUUCAUACUCGGAUAUCUGACUUCAAUGGUGCUGGACAAGGGAGACUGCAUGCUUUUGAGCCUGAUGUACCUGCAAAAUCUGCUGGAUGUUCAAUCAUCAUCCUGAAACUAAAAGACCUUGUCCCAGUUCUAGUAAAUUGUUUCCAAGAUUUUAUUCCGGAAGUUCAGACUGGCUCUCUUCUUAAUACACAAUCAUUUGAUUUGAAGAAGUUUUUGCAAGUUUUGUUUCCCCUGAACAUGAGAAAUCAACUUUCAGAAAAGGAUGAUGUUAAAUAUUUUGUAUUGAACACUGUGAUGACAGAAAUAUUUUUGCACUUAAGCAAAUGGAUCUGCCCUCCUCCUGCUUUAUUUGAGAAAGUUUUAGCAUUUCUGGAAGAUUCUCUGCUUGGAAAGGUAUGCAAUGACACGCUUUCUGGUAAGGAAGUCUGGGAGAAGCAUUUAAUUUCACUUCUUCCUUUUGUUCCAAAACUUGUUUCUCAAGUGGCAGAUGACUGGAAGUCUCGCCUUCUUCAGGCUUUUAGUGAGGCAUUCAAGGACUGCAAUCCUGUAUCCCCUUUAAAGUUGGCUUGUCUUUCCGUACUAGAGGAGCUGCUAGUUCCCAGACAAGAUAUGCUGUACCUGGAUCCGAGUAUUCCCGAGAUAUUAGACUUUCAGAUUACCUGGAUAAGAGAGCUUCCUAUGUUGGUUAUCCUGCUGGGUGAUAAAAACCCAUACUAUUCCCAGGUUGUGCUGCACCUUCUACUUCGCCUGGGACAACGUGCUUUAGUGAACUCUUCCUUUGCAUGGGAAUAUGACAACAUGCAAUUGUCACUUGAAGAAUUUUUUGGCAUUAGUCAAGAUGAUGGAAAUGUAUCAUAUGGUCCCUUUGUAAGGCUUCCCAGAGAUUCUCAAGAACUUUCUCUUUCCUGCCUCUGUUAUAUCUCUAAUUUGGGUCCACUUUUGCUGAAGUCAAUAGCUUACUGUUGCCUAUGUCCUGAUCUGGAACAAUAUGUAUUAUUUCGAACCAUAGAGGUCCUGAAUUCAGCUUAUAAAUCUGGGUAUAUUCAGAUUGUUGAUCACAUUAGUUGCUUGAUCACUUUGCUCUCCCGUUUCAGAGUUUUCCCAGAAAAUAUCGUUCCUGUUAGAGAGAGUGAUGUGAAUAUCUCGAAUCGAGGGACUUUUAAGUCACUCAGCCGAAUUGUCUGCUCAUGCCUGUCACAGAUGGGUGAUAAUACUCUUGUUUUGCAGAUGCUAGAGAAAAUUAUACUCGAUCAGAUGUCUCAAAAUCCUCCUCUAGACAACGUUUGUGCUAUGCUUAGGACGCUUAUUACACUGGACUCUAAUACCACGAUAAUUUCCCAAAGAGCUUUUAUAAGCCUAGGCAAUAUCCUUCCACGGUAUCUGAUUGACGUUGUGCAGUGCAUUGUUGAAGAUGACAAGAAGACCACCGUUUCCAUUUCUUCAAGUUCAUGUCGUUAUUAUCUCAUCCCUUGCUUUGUCUUGUUUGAUAAAAGUCACGAACUUCUGAAUCUUGUAUUGAAUACGUUGGGGUCAUGGAUAACUGAAAGUAGUUUGUCGCAUGUAACUGGUGAUCAUACCCACUACGCAACUGACAUUUCAAGUAUGGUAGAUGCAGUCAUUUUCCUGCUUCAAUUGAUGCAUAUGGAUGACAAAAUCUGCCAAAUCAUAUCUUCGUUCAAGGCGGAGAUUGACUAUAUCAUGGAAGGCAUCAGGUUAUUACAGUCAUCAGAGGAAAUCAGCAUGACGAUUGAAGAAAAGCACAAGGUGCAAUGUGCACUUGGUAGACUACAGAAUGUAAUAAAUACACUGCACGGUGAGAUGCAGUCAGUCUAGAAGAACGUUGUUAAUCUGAGGAAUACGCAACUAUGGUGGAAGUACAAGGAGUUUAAGGAGAACAGACGGUCCAGAUCCAGUAGCCAGAGUACGGCUUGUAGCUUGAUGUUGGUCGUCAAUCCUUGACUUGGUUCAGCUUAGGUACUGAAGGCCCGGACUGAGUGCACAUCUCCCAUGGCCGUCGGAAAAGCAAAAGAAGAAAAGAGUCUCAAACAUGUAGCAUAUUUUUCGGGUUUUGGGGGUAUGAAGCUAAAGUAGUGUCUCCAUCAUAUAUCUGGCUAUGUUGGGUGUCCAAUUUUGUUGUAGAAAGAUAAGAGUAUGAUUUAUAAACUAUCUCAAAAUCAAAAUAGAAGAUGAGUAUGGUUAAUCAACUGAACUUCUCAUACUUCACAUCUUUUGUGUCCCGACAAGCAUGCUCUCUCUCGCCAUCUCCUGAAUCGUUCUUAGAAGAUCGAGGGUCAGUCGACGGUGCACUACUCUAAAAGAUUCUCCUAGUCAGCUUUCUUACGCCUUACGGGUUUAAUUGCUUGUUAUUAUGUCGGACUUUAUGAUUUGUGUUUCAAGGUGGAACCAAGGGAAGCUUGCAACCUUUGGCUAGGAUUACAAAGAUGCCGAGACCCUAAACUGGCUUGUUAAAUGUUUAACACUUAAAACUCUUUAGUUUUCAUUAACUCGGAAAUUUGUGUUUGUAUGAAAUGUAACUCAUUAUUCAUCUAAUUAAUUAAGUGAUUGACAACAA